AUGGAACAGUUUCUCAUUAUGGUCUUCAACAUCCAUCGAGUGCUGAUUUUCUUGAGACCGCACUGGAUCAAAAAGUUCUAUGUUGUCUUUACGCCUGUUGUUGCAAUUUAUGCUAUUGCUUACGGGAUCGCAAAAUCGUUAUCGAUGGAUCUGAUGGAAUCGAUAAUGGGACUGCUUUUUGUACCAAGUAUUCUAGUCACUUCAGUUGUGUGCUUUGUUCUAAUAAGGAGGCAUUUCCGCACCAACAGUGGCUACACUGAAAAAGUGAAACAAAUGCAGACGAGGCUCUCCACCAGCUUGUGCCUUGAGGCUAUACGUCCACUCUCAUCAACAGUUUAUUUCUAUGUUCAACAAGACAACAACAGCAAAAUCAGUAAUCAAUCGGUGCUCCUUGUUUGGAAGCCAGCUCCAUGA